AUGCCUGACGUGAUAACCACACAGCCUUCUACUGAUUCGAACCCAGCGGCACAGCCGACACCGCAAACUACACCCGCACCUCAAGUGCAAGGUGUAACUCCACAACCUCAACAAGGGUUCACAGGUCCUCAACCAGGACAAACCCCGGCACCACAAAACCCGGCCCCUCAACAAGGAUACACUGUCCCGCAGCCCGCACAAGCACCUUCACAGCAAGGUUACAUUGCUUCACCUGCAGGACAAACGGCCCCACAACAGGGUUACGUACCUCAACAACAAGGAUAUUCCGGUCCACAAUCGGGUCAAGCACAACCACCACAAGGAUACGUUGCUCCUCAACCACCACAACAAGGCUAUAACCCAAAUCAACAAGGAUAUACACCCCAGCAGCAACCGACUUAUGUACCCCAGCAGCAACCCGGAUAUACACCUCAACAACCCGGUUAUGUACCCCAGCAACAGCCGGGAUAUGCUCCCCAACAACAACCAGGAUAUGCUCCCCAGCAACCGCCCCCACCGUCAGGAUAUGUCCCUCAGCAACAACCAGGAUAUGCUCCUCAACAACCACCACCUCCACCAGGAUAUGAACCCCAGUCACAGGCUGGAUUUGCCCCCCAGCCGCCGCCACCACCUCCUGGAUAUGGGCCUCAAGCGGGUUACGCACCCCAACCAAGUUAUGUUCCUCAGCCAGGUUACGCACCUCCGCAACCACAGGUUUCCGGGGCUGCAGCCCCUGUUUAUCCAGUCCUUGAUGGGCAAGGAAACCAGCAAAACCAAUGGAUGCCGAAACCGGAGACAAUAUCCGGCUGUCCUCCAGGCCUGGAAUACUUAACACUAAUUGAUCAAAUUCUGAUCAAACAAAAAGCCGAAGUUCUUGAAACGCUAACCGAUAUCGAAACCCAGAACAAAUACAAAUUAGUCAACAGCGCUGGACAACAAGUGUAUUUCGCAACGGAAGAAACGGAUACAUGUCUCCGUCAAAUCUGUGGUAGUGUCCGAGGUUUUGUCAUGCAUAUUGUCGACAAUCACGGACAGGAAGUAAUGAGGGUUAGCAGGGAUUUCAAAUGUUCAGCUGGUUGUUGCUGGUGCAUCUGUUGCAAAGCAUGUGCUCUGGAGGUCAUCAUCGAAGCUCCCGUGGGUGAGGUGAUCGGCAAAGUGAAGCAAACAUGCAGUUUCCUCAGACCCUACUUCCACAUUACUACCCCUGAAGACGAAAUCGUACUUAAAAUUCGCGGACCUGUUGCCCAAGUGCCCUUCUGUGUAGCGGGUCAAGAUUUUCAGGUUUUGGCGCCCGACAAGAACACAACUGUUGGUAAAAUCAGCAAAGAACGAACAGGGCUUAUUAAAGAGAUGUUUACAAGAGCUGACAAUUUUGGGGUUACAUUUCCAAUGAAUUUGGAUGUAAAAAGCAAAGCUGCCAUGAUCGGGGCAGUUUUUCUUAUCGACUUAAUGUAUUUUGAAAGACAAUUUCAAUUGAACAGGGAACAAACCCAAGCGGCUGCUACUGCAGCCUCUGCUGCAACUCCCGCCAGAUCUAUGUUUAGUUUUCUCUCCCGCAAUACGGAACGUUCGUCUUGA